AUGGACCACCAGGAGCCCUACUCCGUGCAGGCCACUGCGGCCAUCGCGGCGGUCAUCACCUUCCUCAUCCUCUUCACCAUCUUCGGCAACGCGCUGGUCAUCUUGGCUGUGCUGACAAGCCGCUCGCUGCGAGCCCCGCAGAACCUGUUCCUAGUGUCGCUGGCCGCCGCCGACAUCCUGGUGGCCACGCUCAUCAUCCCUUUCUCGCUGGCCAACGAGCUGCUGGGCUACUGGUACUUCUGGCGCACCUGGUGCGAGGUGUACCUGGCGCUCGACGUGCUCUUCUGCACCUCCUCCAUCGUACACCUGUGUGCCAUCAGCCUGGACCGCUACUGGGCCGUGAGCCGCGCGCUGGAGUACAACUCCAAGCGCACCCCGCGCCGCAUCAAAUGCAUCAUCCUCACCGUGUGGCUCAUCGCAGCUGUCAUCUCGCUGCCGCCCCUCAUCUACAAGGGCGACCCGGCUCCGCAGCCCCGAGGGCGCCCCCAGUGCAAGCUCAACCAAGAGGCCUGGUACAUCCUGGCCUCCAGCAUCGGAUCUUUCUUUGCACCCUGCCUUAUCAUGAUCCUUGUCUACCUGCGGAUCUAUCUGAUCGCCAAGCGCAGCCACUGCAGAGGUCCCAGGGCCAAGGGGGGCCCUGGGGAGGGGGGGUCUAAGCCGCCCCACCCUGUCCCUGGGGAAGUUUCAGCCUCGGCCAGAUUGCCAACUCUGGCCUCUCAACUGGCUACUGCUGGAGAAGCCAAUGGAUGCUCCCAGCCCACUGGGGAGAAGGACGAGGGGGAGACCCCUGAAGACCCUGGGACCCCCGCCUUGCCACCCAGCUGGCCUGCCCGCCCCAGCUCAGGCCAGGGUCAGAAGGAAGGUGUUUGUGGGACAUCUCCAGAGGAGGAGGGGGCUGAAGAGGAGGAGGAGGGGGUGUGUGAGCUGAAGGCCUCGGCAGCGUCUCCCGCCUCAGCUUGCAGCCCAUCCCUGCAGCAACCACAGGGUUCCCGGCUGCUGGCAACCCUACGUGGCCAGGUGCUCCUGAGCAGGGGCAAGGGCACUGCGGGGGGGCAGUGGUGGCGGCGGCGGACGCAGCUGACCCGGGAGAAGCGGUUCACGUUCGUGCUGGCCGUGGUCAUCGGCGUCUUCGUGCUCUGCUGGUUCCCCUUCUUCUUCAGCUACAGCCUGGGUGCCAUCUGCCCUCAGCACUGCAAGGUGCCCCACGGCCUCUUCCAGUUCUUCUUCUGGAUUGGCUACUGCAACAGCUCGCUGAACCCUGUCAUCUACACCAUCUUCAACCAGGACUUUCGUCGUGCCUUCCGAAGGAUCCUUUGCCGCAAGUGGACCCAGACGGCCUGGUGAGCCCACCUGCCCGCUGCCCGUGUGGGGUUGGUGCCAGGGCCACCCU